AGUGCCGGAACCCAGCGGCGCCGCGCUUAUAUAGGCGUAGUGUGACGUCCCAGUAUCGCGGGAUUUGCGAGGCGCGGAUUGGCUGCGCGGAAGGAGUCGCUGCUCACACUGAGCGCUGUGUUGGUUUCUUUCAUCAAGUUCUGUUACUUACCGGCACCCUGGAGCAACCAAGCCUCGAUGGGGUUUACCUUAGUGGUAUUGAAUAUGACUUUUACCAGCUCAUAUCCACGGAGCUGGAGCACUUUCUGCAUCAAGGAGACCUGAAAAAAGUUCUUCUGUUCCCACCAGUAUCCAGCCGGCUGAGGUACAUCAUUCAUCGCCUAACAGAGUCUCAAAGUACCCUGAGCAGCUUUUCUGUUGGAGAGGGCUGGCAGAGACGCACCGUCAUUUGCUUCACAAGCAUCAGGCUUUCUACACAGGAAGAAGAUACCAGACCCAAAAAACGUGAAGGGAGCUAUGUCUCUAACAAAAUGGGAAAGGGCAGAACAGGCUGGAGGCCGAAAAAGAAUAGGAAGCCAGACCAAGCUUUAUAUGUGCCAAGGGGAAGGUUUGGAGGGAGAGGGAACAACAUGGCAGGGGACAUGAGCAGAAAAUCACAGAAGGAAGAAGAGAAAAGGGAAGAGACUGAGAAGCCCGGGGAUGUACAUUUGCAGGUAGUGGAGAGUGUUGGGGAGGGAGAGAACUUAGAGAAGGGUGAGGAAAAUGAGUUAGGAGAGGGAUGUGCUGAAAGAGAGAGGAAAAUCAGCAUAGAGGAUGAGGUAGAAAUAACAUCAGCAGUACAGACUACAGAGGAGUCAGAAAAGCGAGUCAAAUGCUUGAAGGCAGAGGAAGAGAAACAAAAGGAGAAUGAAGAAGACAUGCAGACUGAGAGAACUGACCAUGGGGAAGAAAACCAACCUAGAUCUGGAGAUAUAAAUGCCACAAAACAGAAUUCAGAGCUGUGUGAAUCCAGAAGAGCAGAAUUACAUAUAAUAAUUUCUCCCUCUGGGGAAACUCAAAAAUUGGGUGCUGUGAUGCAGCCUUCAGAGCUGGGGAGCCCAGAGAGUAUCUCUGAAGAAAACCGUAGAGAACCAGGGGAUAUACUGCUGCCUGAGAGACCAGCGGAGACAACUGAGGGGUCUCUUGCAGAAUGCACAGAUCUUCCUGGACCCUCAGAAGCUAAAGACAGUGAAAAUAAAGGAACAGAAAGAAACCAGGGGGAAAAUAAAGGAGAGAAUAAGCAAUGUGCCCAAAAUAACAAAGGGGACACCUGCACCAUAAUAGGUGGGCACGAGGCAGCUGUGGCGAGUGAGGAGGCAAAGUCUCUGCUAUGUGACUCAUACAGACAGGGUGAUGCGCAAGAGGAGGGGAUAUCUGAGCCUGCAUUGGAUGCUGCGUCACCAGCAGAAUCAGGGAUCUUGCAGCAAAUAAUAAAAGAAAUCAUUGCCAACGUAAGUGAGAAGGACGUGCAGAUUCAGCCCCUCCUGAAUGAUUUUGCAGCAUAUGCCGAAGAUCAGACGGACCAUGGCAGAUUUGGCCAUGUAAUUGAGAUUUAUGGCUUCUCACGUGAGCUCCGCACUGAAGAUCUAACAAAGCCUUUCAUAGAAUACAGGGAGCAAGGAGGCUUCCAGUUGCAGUGGGUGGAUCAGUCACAUGCCUUGGGCAUAUUCUCCAGCCCUGAAGAUGCAUAUUCCGCCUCCUGUAAGUCGUACCCAGGCAUGAAGUUUCGCCCACUGUCCCAGGGGUGCCACCAGUCUAAAAUGAAGGCACAUGAAUGUGCAGAGUUUCAUUCCUCCAAGGAGAGACCCCAGACCGAUUUUACUGUGGCAAAGAGAAUGCUGAGCAGAGCCCUGGGUCACCCCCAACAAGAUGGAGAUCAUACCCUGAGAGACUCCAAGUAGGGGGGGAAGAAUUCUUUUGAGAAUUAUGUUGUAUUGGGGUUGAGAGGGGAGUUUUAAGACAUACUGCAGAGUUUAUGGUAGGCUAGCGAUCCAAUGGCUGUGUACCCCAAGUAUUCUAGUGAGUAGCUAGACAGUGGUGCGCUAGAUUAGGGUUGCCAGAGCACUUGAAAAUUCAGGGAAACAUGUACCAUGCAUUUAUUAGACAUGCCCCUUAAUGUUCAAGUGAUCUGGUCACCCUAUGCCGAAGGAAGUUGCCAGAGAGACAUUUAUUUGAUUCCAAUAUGGAUUCUGGGAAUCCCAUCACUACAAAUUCAGUUGCCGCAGCACUUAUUAAAAGGAAAAGUAACACUAAAAAUUUUCAAGUAAAAAAUCUAUUCUAACCUGCCCC